UUAUUUUGAUCCGAACCACGUUAAAUCUUGUGUUCUUUCUUUUACGUUUCCGCUAACAGUAUUUAAGAACAAAGAUGCCCCUUAAAGCAGCAUGCUGCAGAUGAGCGAAUUCGUUUGGAAGAACUGCGUGAGAAGGUUCUAUCUGGACAAAUGAGGACAACUACAUAUCUUGAUUCUGAACAAGAAUUGGUUAUGCCUGAAAUUGGUUACCAGUUACUACACAACUAUGCUGAACAAAUUCAAAACUGGGGUUGGAUCUGCAACAUUCAUUCUCAAGCUUCAAGAUCAUUUACCAGGAACUUAAAUCUGAUCCACAAGAAGCCAAAAGCAGUCACACUUCUUGCGGUUCCGUGUAUUUUGGGCGUUAAUCUAACUGACGUGGAUCUCUUAGAAUUUCUUCAACAGCUUGCUGAUACAGAUGGAUCAUCUAUAAUACCCCCAUCAGUGAACCGGGUCCUGAAUAGCAAGGCUUGCAGGAGUGCAAUUAUGUUUGGAGAUGCACUGUUACCUUCAGAAUGUUCUCUCAUUGUUGAGGAGUUGAAGCAGACUUCGUUGUGUUUUCAAUGUGCUCAUGGGCGACCAACAACUGUCCCUCUUGUCAACUUGGAUGCUCUGCAUGAGCAGAUUGCCAAGUUAGGUUCGUGUGGUAGGGGUUCAUCUGAGGCAUGGCAUGAAUUACAUCGGCAUGAAAUCAGCUUAGAGCAUGCAGCAAAGCGACUAAGAUCAGCUGUAUCCUAGUGUCGCAAAGCGCUCGUGAAUAUACCUAAUCCCAUUCUGGUUGUUACCUAUCAAGCAAAGCUCGUGAUAUCCAGUCUGCAUCAUGGCAAUGGAGGAUGAUCUGAAUCUGGAGAAUGAUGCAUCAAUACUGAUUCGUAUAUGAACGCAUAUACUAAAGAAUGAUAGGUAACUAUAUGAAUGUAAAUACUAAAUUUGUAACUCUAGCCCCUUGGUGGUAGCAACUCUCUGUCACACACAUGCACACACACUUGAACAAAAAUAGGAAAAGGGAAUGGACUCUACAGUUUCCAUGUAGAGCCAGAAUAACUCCCAUUCAUCAUGUGUACAGAACGUGCAGAAAUGCUAUGAUAAUGAAAUAGGUAAUUUGAUUAUU